UAUUUGUUCCAAGUUGACUUUCUGAGAUGAAACCUACUGCUGUAUAUAAUUUUUUUUCCACAGACACAAACAAGGUCACCCUCGAGAAACUUAAUGAGAAGCUGUUUGACAAAACUGAAGAGAUUUUUAGUGAUAUUGAAAAGGCAGUUAAGUUCAGAAAGCCACCAUCAGUACUAAGGGAACUGUGGACAAAAUUUUACCAGACCAUUGCCCACCAAGACCAGGAAAGGGGAAGCUGUCCUCAGCAAGCAGUCGAUAAUCCGGAGGUUCAUCUUUUCAAAAAGAAGGAAUUAAUGUCUAUCCUAAGUGAUACAAGAUUAACUUGGAAUACAUUAGAAGAGAUUGGACACAUGAGUUUAGAGGAGCAGUUUCAUCAGCUUGGAUGUAAGCUUAGACUUCUUGAAAAAGAUAGUGAGGAAUAUAAGCUUUUGGAGGAGUAUGCAGGUGCUUGCCCAAACUCUCGUCGAGGAACUCUGUUGGACGUGUGGUCUGUGCAUCGUCCUCAAGACAAGAUCAGAGCGGAAGAGCAUGCAAAGCUGGACUACCGCAAGCUGCUCUGGUACGGAGUUAACGUGGCUCAGAUGGCUGCCGUACUGCAACAUGGAUUACGAAUCACGCCAUUUUCUGGGGGAAGCUUGGGCAAGGGGAUUUAUUUAACUCCAGAACAUGCAAAGGCUUCAUGGAAUGUGGGUGUUCACUGGGGAAAAUAUGAAGAUGAACGGAAUGUUGGUUUCAUGUUCCUUGUGGAGACUGCACUUGGCAGAAUGAGGUACAUCAAAAUGGGUAACAGUUCGCUGACCAGACCACCGGAUGGCUUCAAUUCUAUAGCUGCUAAGGGAAGAUUAGAACCAGAUCCAUCAAAUGAUGAGAUGAGAAAAUUUGAUGGCAAGAGAGUUGUGGUACCCAUUGGACCUCCUGUGCCGCAGAAAGAAUUUGAGGCAAGCGGCUUCCUACAGAGCCAAUAUGUGGUCUAUGAUGAAGGACAGGUGCAGCUUCGAUAUCUUACAAAGUUUUCAUUUGCUUAAGAGAUAAAUCCUGUGAUAUAUAUAUAGACGUCUGGUGUGCUUUUUUUUUUGUUGAUGUUAGGAGUCUUCUAUUUUUUUGCUCUAUAUAUUUAUUUGAUUUUUUACUUCUAUCAAGCAUUUGAUAAAUAUUCCAUAGAUCUGAUAAAUCCAGAGUUAUUUAUUUAUCCAUAGCAUAUACUGUUCAUGCAUAUUGUUAAUUAUCAUGGGAAGAUAAUGCACAAAAUGUAUUUCAUGACAUGUUCAAUCUUGUGUUUAUUGUAUACAUAACACAAACACACACACACUCUCUCACAUAGAUAUGUUAUUAUUAAUAUCCUGGCAUUUUUAGUGUUUAUUUUGAAUUGUUAUCAAGAAAAAUAUGCCUUAGUAUGCAUACUUACAUUCUCUCUCUCUCAUUUUCAUAUAGAUUUUCAUUAAAAAAGUAAACAGUGUUGUGUAUAUAGUCAGUGCGUGUACUAUGUAGUGGUAGUCCUCUUUAAUUCAUUUUUAUUUCAUAGUUUCCAUUAUCUUUUUUAUUGUAUAAUAUUUAUUGCCAUCUCAAAAAGUGUUAAAAAGGAAGUUCAAUAACAGCUGGUGAAGGACCAAUAGGGUGCAGAGAUAGCCAAAGACAAGGGACCAAGGUGUAAGUAAAA